AUGGCCAGUGGGCCAGAGAGCGGGUCGCCCGGCGCCCGCUCUGCGGUCUCGGCGUCAGGGUCGGUCGUGGCCCUUGGCUCGCCCGCCGCCUUGGGCCGGGGGGCCGCCGUCGCCGCACCGCUCGCCACGCCAGCCUGGCAGGUGCACCACCGCGGCGUCUUCCUCGUCCUUCUCCGCCUGCACGGCCGCGUCGACGGGGAUGGCGAGCGGCGGGAGGUGGAGAACGCCGAGCUGACGCCGCCGCCUCGCGGCGCCACGGGCUGCGGUGGGGCCGACCGCUGCGACCUCCCAUGCGUGCCCGGAGGCGCAGGGCCGCCCAAACGGUGGGCAGACCUCGUGUUCUGGCUCGCCUUCGCGGGCUCCGCUGCAGCCAUGGCGCAAGGCUGCACGGCGCUGCGCAUGGGUCCCCGAGCGGCAGCGGCGAUCCUGGAGCCAAAUUGGCUGCGGCCGCGGUGCCCCGAGCGGGGCACGAGGGGGCCAGGCAAUUGCAUAUUGUUUACACAGGACAUGCAGAAGGCGUACGAGGCGUUCGUGAUCGAGACCAACGCCUCGAUCGAGGCGAAGACCAAGGCGAUCGUCAACAAGUCCGAGGAGAAGGCGAAGGCCGAGGAGCAGCUGGUCGCGGCGCAGGCAGACCUGGACUCCGUGACGACGGAAUUGGGUGAGCUGGCCGACUACAACGCGCAGCUGCACGCGAGCUGCGACUUCACGCUCAAGAACUUCGCCCUGCGACAGGAGGGCCGCGGCGGCGGUGGGCCCUCCGGCAGGCGAAGCAGAUCCUGUCCGGCGCGGACUUCGGGACCUUCCUGCAGGCGAGGUGAGCAGCACUGA